UCAAAACAUAAUUACAAAACCUCCAUCAUGAAGAUUGCACUGCUGUGUUUUUUCGCUAUUAUUGCUACUGUUUCAUCGGCUCCGUCCUUUGUACAGCUGCCCAAUAUACUGGGCUGCCAUACACCGCCUCCAAAAUGUCAUCAUAAAACUACGCCUACCACGCCGAAACCAACAACGAAGAAACAUCAUGAUUGCGACACAACACCUAUAACAAAGACUACAGACGAUGAUUGCUCCACUACACCAAAACAUACUACACCAAAACAUACUACACCAAAACAUACCACACCAAAACAUACUACACCAAAACAUACCACACCAAAACAUACCACACCAAAACAUACUACACCAAAACAUACUACACCAAAACAUACCACACCAAAACAUACUACUCCAAAAUGUCAUGGUUACAAACCAUCGAGGCAAUCUGCAGAAAGUGUAGCUGGUGCCGUCGCAGGCGCAGAUGAUGACAGUAGCUAUGCCAAGUCAUUUGCUUACGCUAGAGACACCUAUUAAAUUGUGUGUUUUUAAUAUUCAUAAUAAAGAUUUGAAUUGAUAA